CGACGUACGUGGCAACUUGCUCGUUGCCAUUUUCAAAAAGGCAUGGCGCCGUCAACAACGUUCACGCGCGAGGGGUCGUACGCCAAGUUCUCGGAGGCCGCGAAAGCGCGGCGCGGUCCGCUCGGGUACUUGGCCCGCGCAUAUGACAAGCUUUUGCAGCAGUCCAAGACCUUCGGCGUGCGCUUGUGUCUCGUUCUUGGCGGCCUCUUGCUGCUCUUGCCCGCCGUCCUUACACCGCUGUUUGUCUGCUGGAAGGUCGACGGUACGAUCGACUGGAGCUGGGCCACCGUGAUGGUGUUUGUCUGGAUUUACGACUUUAUGGCCUGCAAUGGCACCCUUACGUGGCUUUGCGGCUUUCUCUUGCACCUCUUUGUGGUGCUGCGCCUUGACGGACAUGUGGACUGGUCCUGGAUCUGCGUCUUCAUCCCGGCCUACGUCUCGGUUUUUGACUGGGAUGGUUCGAGCGACCUCUGUUUUGCGCUCCAGCUCAUUUUUCUCGGGCUUCAACUCGACCACACGGUUACGUGGUCGUGGCUCGUUGUCUUCAUCCCGACGUGGGUGCCGUCUGCCAUUGGUGGCCUCUUCUUCAUUGUCUUUGUAUUUGUCGCCUGCUUUUCCGAUACCUCGUCGCGACUGGGUGCACUCGGCCUGAUUCUUUUGGCGUGUCUCGGCUUUGGGCUCCUCGUCGCGCCCCAAGUCCUCCUCCUCGUCCGGCUCGGGUCGGCCACGUUCUCGGCCGUGUACAUUAUUCUGCCGUGGCUCAUCCUCAUGGGUCUAGUGGCCCUUGCGGGCAUUGCCGCGGUCCUGUUUCUGGACUUGGACGACUCGACGAGUGGGCCUGUCACGACGCCAUACGAAGAAGUCUAGCGCGCUACACACGCUGCCAGUACAUUUGAUAUAACUUUACCGGUAAUAGCAUCUUUUUAUACUG